CCGCUCCUUAGAUCACCGGGGUUUCACGUUUGCAUUCUACUUCGAACGAACCCUAACAAUGGCGACCGCUGCACCAACAGAGUCGGUUCAAUGUUUCGGGCGGAAGAAAACCGCAGUAGCAGUCACCCACUGCAAGCGCGGCCGCGGCCUAAUCAAGAUCAACGGCAGCCCAAUUGAACUCGUUGAACCGGAGAUCCUCCGAUUCAAGGCUUACGAGCCAAUCCUCCUCCUUGGACGACAUCGAUUUGCUGGUGUCGACAUGAGGAUCAGAGUGAAGGGUGGAGGUCAUACCUCGCAGAUUUACGCGAUAAGGCAGAGCAUAGCGAAGGCUCUUGUUGCUUUCUAUCAAAAGUAUGUUGAUGAGCAAAGCAAGAAGGAGAUUAAAGAUAUACUGGUUAGGUACGAUAGGACUUUGCUUGUAGCGGAUCCAAGAAGGUGCGAGACUAAGAAGUUUGGUGGACGUGGUGCACGUGCUAGGUUCCAGAAGAGUUACCGUUGAGAGCUUGGAGAUGAUGAUGUCCAUUUUGGUAUUUUGAAUUCUGGAAUUUUGAAUUCUGUAUUUUUUUUUGUUGUUGAUGUGGGUUUCAGUCCAUUUGGUAGACCUUAUGGCCUUUAAAGCGUUUAAUUACUCUGUCCAGGAUGAUUUUAAUGAUUAUGGCUAGUUGAAAUACGAAUUUAAUUUUCCA